GAAAUUAAAAACCAAAACAAACUGAGCUUUUACACAUUUCAUAUAGGCUGAAAUAAUAGUUUGGCUGUAUUUAAGUCGAAGGGUGAAGUUAGUUUACCUUAGUGUAAUUAUCUUAUCCGAACGUAAAGUAACGUUUUCUUACCAUAGUAUAAUUUAUUAUCUGGCAAAACAAAAACAAUGGCGAUUUCAGUGAAUAAAUGUGAUGAAGAUUUUGAGGAAUAUUUGCACAAAAUAUUUUACAUAAAACAAAAUACAGACGAAAGUAAAUGUGACCCCUCCAUCGUCGAGUAUUUCGGAGUGUUGAGCCUCACCGACGUGAAUUCACCUGAGCGCAAAUUGUGGUAUAUUUAUUAUUGCAAACAGCCUGAAAUUGACGAGACUGUGGAGCGCAUUUUUGAAAAAUAUGGGAAAAAGAAUAUGUACGAAUUAUUUAGAAAACCUAUUUGUAGCGGCGUAUCGUUGCGUACCAGAGUAAAAAAGCAUUUUUCCGGAUUAAAAUGGUAUGUGAAAGGCAAUCUGCUUGAGGCUCCACCAAAAAGCCAUUACAACAAUGAGCGCAUGGCCAAAGCCAUAUCUGACUUGUAUUUCGAGGAGCGGAAAAUGCUUUAUAAUUAUAUUUGUAUGAAACAUAAUGCGUACAGUAAAUACUGCAAAUAGAUGUAAAUAAAGUGUAUAAUACUUAAGAUCUGUGAUUCAAAUAAACUUUAACACAAAUAAUAA